CUGUUGACCACUCUGCAACCUCAUAGACAACACUGGUGAGAACUUGGACUCCUGCUCAACUUGGAUUUCCUGAUUAAUGACACAAAGAUCGAACCUAUCUUCGGAGCAGGCAAAGACAACACAGCCGUUUCAUUGAAAAUGUAAUUCCACCAUCUCCGCAGGGAGACCUUGUGUUCAGUGUGAAGUUCUUCAGUAAUCCUAACGUUCUAGGAGUGUUCUCCUCCCUUUGUCCUUUAUCUCUGAGCUCUAUUCGACAGUGACCACCAUGCCUGCCAAAGCACCCAUCUACCUGAAGUCCACCAACAGCAAGAAAGGCAAGAAGUGUCGUCUGAGGGACAUCCUGUCCCCAGACAUGAUCAGUCCACCGCUGGGGGACUUCCGCCACACCAUUCACAUCGGUAAGGGCGGCGAGAGGGACGCCUUCGGGGACAUGUCCUUCCUCCAGGGGAAGUUUGAGCUCCUGCCUGGGAAAGGUGAGGUGUUCCGUCCGCAAUACGGCGUCCACAAUGAGUUCCUGCGGGCCAACAGCGCAUCUGAUGCCCAGUUCACCGAGACGCCCUCUCCGGUUCUGAAGAACGCCAUCUCGCUCCCUUCUAUCGGGGGGUGCCAGGCCCUCACCUUGCCCCUCCUCUCCACCAAUGUGUUCUCUAUGCCCGUUAAGGAACCACUGGAUAGCAUGGGAGGGCGGGUUCCUACCCCUCCCCUAGGGGGCCCAGAUGGGACUGAUAAACUGGAGAUUCUGGAGAUGGAAACCCUGUUGUGUUCCCUUGAGGUCUUAAGCAGCAACCACACCAAACCUCCUACAGGGGUCACAUCCAAACCAGACGUCCUGCUGGAUCUGAUAGAGAAACCAGAGAAGCCAAAGACAAAGAAAGUCUUCAAAAGCAAUUAUGAGAAUUAUAAUAUUGAAAACGGUUAUGAAAAGCCUACACCAACCUAUUACAUUAACGGCAACAGCAAUGGGACCUGCAAUGGUAACGAAGGCUUCAACGGCAAUGGCAACUGCAAUGGCUUUGGAAGCUUUAACAAUGACAUUACCCUCUGCUAUGAGAAAGCGCUCUCUGACUGCAAUGGAGACUGGGUGGACAGGGACAGCGGGGUGGACGAGGGGCGCAUUUGCGACAUUGACUUUGAGUUCUGCAAUGACAAGAGGGUGUCACAGGAUUCCAUCUCCUACAUCACUGGUUCCCUUUUGUCACUUGAACUCGAUUUGGGCCCAUCCAUUCUUGAUGAUGUACUCAACAUCAUGGGUGACCCCAAGGUAAAGAGCAGACCUUGAGCAAUGCUAAGGCUAGUGAGUUGAAAGGGGAAAUAUAGAACUUAAGAGAGAACUAGGAGAAAAGACUCACAAACCUGUCAAAAUAUUGUCCAUGGCAUGUGGAUAUUAUUGUGAUGGAAAUUAACUUCAGUAUGCAGCGAUGAUUUUGUCCUUAUUUUCUGAAAUACAUUUCUGUCUUAGCGUCCUUAGGGUUUCAAUGCUUUUUCUGUUUGUGCGUUGUGCUACAGGCAUGAGAGAUGCAUGCGCUGUUGAAUUACAACUAAACCCCAGCCUAUUUUGCAAUCUAUUUUAGUGUUUUUUUUUUAAUGUUCUUAUCCCGGUUUAAGCUGUAGAUAUAAAAAGAUAUGUGUUCUGAAGUAGUUAUUGCGUUGAUACACAAUCUAAAGCUCUGUUCCUCAAUAUCUAAAUAUAAUGCAUCUUGGUGACUUUUAAUGUGUUUAUCAAAGCACUAUUUUGUUUGUCACAUGACCAUUUUAUUAACAAAACUACAAAGAUCCUAUGCAUACU